AAAAAAGCAGUACUGGUCGUCCUACAGUCACUCCCAUCACAUCUGAUGAUGAUGACGCUGCGGAAGCAGGUCCAUCCAAAGAAGUCUUAAGCAGCAGAAAGCGCACUUCUGGAACACACCACAAAAAACAUCUGCCAGCAAAGAAAGCAAGGACUGAUGUCCAGGGCCAACCACAGCAGGCUACCCCGCCACGAAGAUUAUCUACUGUUUGUUCGGUGCCCCCACUCCAAAUUUUGGACACACCUCCAAGACGCCAACCACACUCCCCUCAUCUUGAUUCUUCUAGUCCUGGUACCAGCAUCCCUCUGCAACAACAGCAACACAGUGACAUGGAUGACACAAUCAUGUUAGAAAUGCAUCCAGUAAUCGAAGGAAUCAGCCCCCCAGCACCUGUGAGUACUCCACCACAGCAAACCACACCACCACCCCAACACAGCCCAACAACACCAGUAACACAAGGCCCUGAUCAAGUGUUCUGGACCAUUUGGGCUAGACAGCAGGCCACUAAUGAAGAUUGCCUGCGUAGGCAGACCCAAAUGUUUGCAAGCCUACCAUCUCACCACAGACGAAUCAGCAGAAAUCUGAGUAGACAAAAUGAAACAAACACAAGAAUUGCAAAUACCAUGGAAAUCAUGCAUGCAGACAUUACACAUGUCAUGGGCAACUUACAGUGCAUAAUGGAAGAACAGCACAGACAACAGCAAAGCUAUAUCAACAUUUUAGAAAGCAAUCAAAUGAUCAAUGAAUCCAUGUCCAGAAUUGUAGACAAUCAAAAUGCUGCAACACGUGAACUCAAUGCCACCCUCACUAACCUCAAUGAAACACUCAGAUCCCUGCAGCAACAGCAAACAAGCAGCAGUUCUGGUACGACUACUCCAAAUGUAACACCAGUGUCAUCACCACCAAUGCGCUCCACCAGAGCACGCCAACACGACAGUGGUAAAGGCAAAGGCCAGGACAAGCAACCACCCAAAUAAACAUUAAAAAAUCCACACACAUUUCUUUAAAGAGAAGAGAAACAAAAUACUUACCAAGUGUAUGAUUAACAGAAUAUAUAUAACACUUAGCUCCUUGACAAUUUGUACAACAUCAUUAAUUAUAACUGGUACAAACAACAACAGGAAUUUUGUACGCACAUUUCUUCUUUAUCAUCUUUGUAUUUUUUGUUAACAGGAAACUGUUGUUUGAGCUGCACAUAGAUGUUAGCAUUCAGAAAGCAGACCACUUGAUUUUUUUUCUAAUCAUUAGUCUUUCUAGAUUCUAAUCAUUCUUUGAGCCAGCAGACAGACUAAUUGGCAGCCAGGCAGAUUGUCUUAAGCAGGCAGAAAGCAGACCACUUGAUUUUUUUCUAAUCAUUACUCUUUCUAGAUUCUAAUCAUUCUUUGAGCCAGCAGACAGACUAAUUGGCAGCCAGGCAGAUUGUCUUAAGCAGGCAGAAAGCAGACCACUUGAUUUUUUGCUAAUCAUUACUCUUUCUAGAUUCUAAUCAUUCUUUGAGACAGCAGACAGACUAAUUGGCAGCCAGGCAGAUUGUCUUAAGCAGGCAGAAAGCAGACCACUUGAUUUUUUUCUAAUCAUUACUCUUUCUAGAUUCUAAUCAUUCUUUGAGCCAGAAGACAGACUAAUUGGCAGCCAGGCAGAUUGUCUUAAGCAGGCAGCAAGAAGACCACUUGAUUUUUUUCUAAUCAUUACUCUUUCUAGAUUCUAAUCAUUCUUUGAGCCAGCAGACAGACUAAUUGGCAGCCAGGCAGAUUCAUCCAUGACCAAUACAAUUUACAAUGUGAAUUGUAACUGUUUUACAUUUCUUCUCUAGACGAAUUGACAAGAAAAACACAAUUGAGUUGGGUAAAAGUGUCCUAAUAUGUUGGGGGUAAUAUUUAGAUAAUUCAGUCCGAAAAUGACUGACAUUAUUGUUGUGCCAUGUUUGUGUGUGUUAAAAAUAAGUAAUCAGAUUUAAAAACAUGAUGCAGAAACAACAACAUUUGAAAUAUUUGAAAGUUGAACACAAAUGUGUGUUAUAAUGGAUAUAUGUAGAAAAAUGUGUAUUGCCUUACAAAUCUACAAGUUUUGGCCAGCAAA